UCCUCCUUGGUGAAUUCUGAUGUGAAGUACUUAUUAUGGAUCUCACCCACUUCCUCUGGCUGCCCGCCCUCCUGUGUUCUUGAGUGGACCUACCCUUCUCUAACUGCCCUCUUCGUCCUUAUCUAUGUCGUCCCUUUUCCAAAUUGAACCUGUUUUGAUCUCCCUUUCCGACGCUUGUGAAGAGGCUGUUGACUGGAGAAUGUUUCAAUGUGAGCUGCUAUGUUUCAGGGCUCUCCCUGGGCGCUCUGUCUGGUUUGGAGGGUUACAGGGCGGGUCUGAGAUGCAGAACCCCCCACCCCGGCGAUUGCUGUGACUCCGAGCCAAGCUCAGCCGCAGUCUCUCCCUCUUGCUCUGAGCUCUCUCUCGCUCGCAUCCUGAUCCUGUGCCUGCUCGCCGACGGCUUUCUUCAUUUUCACACCGUGUUCAUUUCUGGCUGCGGGGCUGAAGAAGAUGGAUAUUGGGAACGGGUCUGCUCCCGGUGCCGAGGUGGAUCCUGCUGCUGCGUUCCUGGAGCAACACUAUAACGAGAUCGAUGGGAUCGAGCGGGAGCAGGAGGCGGGUGAGAUCCCGGGCACUGAAGCAAUGCAGAUCCAGGAGAGCCAAGGAUCGGCUACAGGAGAGGUAAUUGGCGACGUGGAUGCUGUUAAUAGAGACUCGUGUCAGGAGAAUGGUGCUGAUGCAUAUUCAGCUAUUUCACAAGCUGAUAAACUGCACCAGGAGCCGGACAGUAUACGCAAAUGGAGAGAAGAACAAAUAAAGCAUCUAGCGGAGUUGGAUGCCAACUCUCGUGAAGCAGAACUGGAAUGGAGAGAGAAAGCAAAGAAAGAUUUGGAAGAUUGGUACAUUCAACAAGCAGAGCAUCUCGAAGAAAUGAAAUCUAACAACAGGAUUCUGGAUGAGGCUUUCUACAAGCAACCCUUCGCUGAUGUGAUUGGCUAUGUCACAAAUAUAAAGCAACACUGCUACAACCUACAACAGUCAGCUGAAGACCCAGAUAUGAGCGAAGGUCAAGAGGGUGUUGUGAGCUCUGAGUGGGAGCAUGUCUUACACCUGUGUGAUUUGAACGUCAAGACCAGUAAAGUGUCCAAAGAUGUGUCACGGAUGCGAUCUGUUCUCAUGUCACUCAGCCAAGUGCCACUGACUCUAAAGUGAAGUCAAAACAGGCAGGCUUGUGUGCUUUAAAUUUUAAUCAGUGGUUUCAAUCUCAAAGAAAUAUUACAUUUCAAUUCCAAAUUGUGAGGGAUGGUUUGUCAGUGUUGAAAUUUGCUGCUUGUGGUUCCUUCCUCUUUCCAAAGUGUUUUGGAAGAGGAACAUGUCUCGGAGAUGAGUUCUGACAGAAUCAAUUAAAUCAUGUAUUUGCUAUUUGCUUUGUGUGAAUUAGUGUGUGUGAUUUUCUUGCUCUGAGAGUACAGGACUACAGUCCAAUAUGUAUUAUUUGUUUCAAUACUGUAAUAUAGUAAAAACUACAUUAUAAAUCUGUUAUCUGUCCAAUGAAAUAAAAUUUAUCAACAAGUUAA